GUGGCGGGGAAAUGGCGGCGCCGGAGGGCGGCUCUGCCGCGAUGCCCGCGGCUUGUCCCGCUCCGCCCGGUCCCUCGGCUCCCGGCUCCUGGAGCCGCUCCUUGGACCGAGCCCUAGAAGAAGCGGCGGUCAGCGGGACCCUCAGUUUGAGCGGCAGGAAGCUCCGGGACUAUCCGCGGGCCAGCGCCGCCGACCACGAUCUGAGCGACACCACCCAGGCUGACUUGUCACGGAACAGACUGUCGGAGCUUCCAGCAGAAGCCUGUCACUUUGUCUCCCUUGAGACUCUUAAUCUGUACCAGAACUGCAUUCGUUAUAUCCCAGAGGCUGUUUUGAACUUACAGUCUUUAACAUUUCUAAAUAUCAGUCGAAACCAGCUUUCAACAUUGCCAGUACACCUCUGUAGUCUACCACUAAAAGUUUUGAUAGCAAGUAAUAAUAAGUUGGUUUCAAUACCUGAAGAAAUUGGACAGCUCAGACAGCUGACAGAGCUUGAUGUGAGCUGUAAUGAAAUACAGACAAUACCUCCACAGAUUGGCAAUUUGGAAUCCUUGCGAGACCUAAAUGUCAGAAGAAAUAAUUUGGUGCGUUUACCUGAAGAGCUUGCUGAGCUGCCUUUGAUUCGAUUAGAUUUCUCCUGCAAUAAAAUAACAACAAUACCAGUUUGUUAUAGGAACCUCAGACAUCUUCAAACCAUCAUGUUAGAAAACAACCCUCUCCAGUCCCCCCCUGCACAGAUAUGUAUAAAAGGAAAAAUUCAUAUAUUUAAAUACCUGAACAUAGAAGCAUGCAAGAUAGCUCCAGACUUGCCUGAUUAUGAUAGGAGACCCAUGGGAUUUGGAUCAUGCCACGAGGAACUCUAUUCCAGUCGUCCGUAUGGAGCACUCGAUUCUGGCUUCAAUAGCGUGGACAGCGGAGACAAAAGGUGGUCAGGGAAUGAACCAACAGAUGAGUUCUCAGAUCUCCCGUUGCGUGUAGCAGAGAUCACCAAAGAACAGAGACUGAGGAGAGAAAAUCAGUACCAAGAAAACAGAGGGGGUGCAGUUGUAACUAAUGGUGGAGUGGAACAUGAUCUCGAUCAGAUCGACUACAUUGACAGCUGUGCCACGGAGGAGGAGGAGGAAGAGGUGAGGCAGCCCAAGUGCCUGGACUCAGACAGCCUCAGCUCCCAGUUCAUGGCAUACAUAGACCAGCGGCGGAUCUCCAAUGAGAGCUCACCAGUAAAACCUGUAUCCGUCAGAGAAUUUCAGAGAGCAGAGGAUACAAGACGACAUUUACAUCAAAACAGGGAUACAGAUGAAUUACGAAGACCUGAAACUCUAAAUUUGAUGCAGGACAGAGAGCAUCACCAAGUACUAAGGAAUUAUGUGGACAGGACAGAGAGACCCCUGCCUGAUUCACCUUAUUUUCUCUCGCUAUCAAGUCACCACACCCAGGUGCCCAACACAGAUUCUGAGCUGCACCGCCGGCACAUCGAGCGCACCCGUCGGGAGGCACAGCUGGCAGCCCUUCAGUACGAGGAGGAGAGGAUGAGAACUAAGCAGAUUCAGAGAGAAGCUGUCCUUGACUUUGUUAAGCAAAAAGCCUCCUUAAGUCCUCAGAAACAAAGUCCAAUGGAUAGUGAGUGUCCCUUUCCAUCCAGAAGGUCUCAGCAUACUGAUGAUAGUGCCUUGUUAGUGAAUGGCUUUGAGCCUCUCUUUGUGUUUGAGAUUGACAAUAACACCAAUACCAUUAAAAGGAGGCCAAGCGCUCGCAAACAGUCACUUUCAGGGUUGAACCAAGAAAGCUGUGCUACUACCCUGCCUAGUGCCUCUACCUUCAGUCCUGUCAAGAGUGAUGACAGAUCUACCAUCUCCCCUGGCUCACCUACCGCUCAGACAGUCCACCUUUCCCCUCCAUAUCCUGGCCAUGCAGCCCCGCCUUCCUAUAGAAACCCUUCCCAGCGACCUGAGAGUUUCCUUUUCCGAACAGCUGUCAGGGAUGAAGCCAAGAAAGCCGUUGCUUCAUCCUCUACCUGUGCCUUGUCUCCUGCUAAUGAUUCUGCAGACCCUCGAGUGAGACAAAACUCCAAACAGCGGGAGGAAGAACUGGAGCUGAUAGAGCAGCUACGCAAGAACAUCGAGUCGCGGUUGAAGGUGUCACUGCCCAGCGACCUCGGCGCGGCUCUCACCGAUGGCGUCGUUCUGUGCCACCUGGCCAACCACGUGCGGCCCCGCUCUGUCCCCAGCAUCCACGUGCCCUCACCUGCUGUUCCUAAACUUACAAUGGCAAAGUGCAGACGAAACGUGGAGAAUUUCUUGGAAGCUUGCAGAAGGAUUGGAGUGCCUCAGGACAAUCUUUGUUCCCCUUCUGACAUUCUCCAGCUAAACCUCAGCGUUAAAAGAACAGUUGAGACUCUUCUUUCCCUGGGGACAGAUUCAGAAGAAUCCAGUCUCGUGUCUCUUUCCGUUCAGCUCUGGGGCUUUGUGGUGUUUUACUGUACUCUAAUGCUAACGCUCUGUAUGUUCUAUCGCUGGGUCUUUUUUCUCUAGUGAAGGAUAGUGGUGCUGCUUCCUCCCUUCGUCACUCCAGUGCUUGGGAACAGAUUCUGGGCUUUGCCAAGACUGUGUGUAUGAAGUGCUUUGUUUCCCACGGAUGGGACAGAGGUGACAAGUACGAUGUGGAAACAUGUUGGUGCACCCACACCACCAUCCGUGACCCAAUUCCCAUUUGUAUUUGCUGUGUUACAUUGAGCAGAUGAAAUGCUUUCCAAGGGAGGAGGUGCUGUCCCUGGGCUCAAGUGAGGGCUGAGGUCAGGACACGUGGUGCAUGCUGUAGUCUGCUGACCAGUGGUGUAGUGAAAACUGCAGUGUCAAUUUGUGCCUCUGUUCCCCCAUCUGUAUAAUGGGAAAUGCAACCACUUUGGUAGAUUGCCUGAGGAUUAUCUGAUGAAAAAUGUUAACAAUGUGAAGUAUUUUUUUCAAUGUCAGUGUUCUUGAUGCAAUCUCACAGUCUUAGGAGACAUGGUCUGGUAUUGUCCACAGAGCUUUCUAACUGGUUUGUUUUUUUAUCCCCAGUCCUUUAUCCUGCUUCUGAGCGCAUUUGAUUUCUCAAAUUUAUAGACUCUGCUGUAUUACUUUGAGUCAGGUUUUUUUAGAACAACUGUCAAUGAAUCCUGAACUACUUGAACUUGAUAGCAGUUCAAGCAGAAAAAUUUCAGAGAAAUUGAGCUCUUCAACAGCUUUAAGAGAAAAGUGUUCUGGAACAGAAAGAAAAAUCUUUAUGAUCUUGUCAGGUGCUACAGAAUGUCAUAGCAUUUUACUGUGAUCUGGAUAAGACUUACCAAAAAUGUGUUGAAUUGUCACUUGAUCUUGGGAACCCCAACCCAAGCUUGUUCCAUGCUUAGUCCCUUCUUUCUCUUAUCCUGUCAUUUUCAGAAACACUUGUAUCAUGCAGUUGCACAAAUAAAAGUCUUGGCUGCACAAGCACUCUUCACUGUUUUACAAAACUCAGGUAGUCUUCCAUAAAGCUUCACAGCCUUUCCCUCCCCAGGGAAAGCAUCCUGGUGCUUUAAUGCUUUAAUGUCUCAGGGACACCUCAGAACUUCAGGGCACUCCCCAUGUGUGUAACAGACCAUGUCUCCUCAGAGUGGAGAUCCAUUCAGGGAGCUCUGCUCAGAGACCAGUGACAGGUAAGUGUUCAGGAGAUGGCUGUUCCAAAUGUGUCUUCAAUAAAAUUCUGUUAUAUCUGCAAGUGCAGUAAAUGGCUUGGAAGCCCAGUACAAGUGGUGCUGGCAUUCCAGCCGUAACAUGGAACACCUCUGAAGCACAGUUUAAGGUAUACAGGAGUUCAGUUGAAAAUGGGGUCACUACCAGUAAAAAUGUGUUAUCUGUAUGUGGGUCUCACAAGCUCUUGUACCAUGAAAUGAGUAUUUAUCAAAGGAGCAAGUAAGAGCUGCUGCCUUCUGUCCAAGUCACACAAAAUGUUCUGUCCAAGCCAAACAUCACGGAGUAAAGAAGGGACUUUUGACAGAGGGAGAUUGUUUUAUUUUUAAGUAAGCUAUUUUUGUACUGUUUACUGGUAUGAACUAAAAUGAACUCAGUUCCUGUGUUUCUUAACUUCUAAUGAACACUGUGAUAAAAGCUGCAAGGGGUUUUACACUAACAGUGCCUUCCAGUUUUUAAAUUUUGUUUGUCAUUACUGUGUGUGGUAUGGAGUCAUUCCAAAGCUUUUCCCCCUUAUCUGUUUGCAUACAUAAGAAAAAAGAUAAGGCAUAUUUCCUCAAGUUUACAAGUAUUGUCUCAAAAAGCACACUUUUUCAAAGUAAUAUACAUUUGCUGGAAGAAAAAUGUAUUUUAGCCUGAGCAUAUGGCUUUCUAUGAGAAUUGCAGUCGGGGCUCGCUUGUUUUCUCUCUGCUCAGAGCUUUGAGGGGGAGGAGUGUUGGCUGCCACUGUUUGUGCUGAAGGAUUUCUUUAACCUCAAAAAUCGGUAAAUACUCAAGUGGUGAAAUGCCAAUGGAUGUGAAAGUAACACAUGAAAGAUAGUCUCUAGCUCUUCAGGAAGGACACACUUGGGUUGUUUUCUGCAGAUACAGAGAACUGUUAGACAUGUAUCCUGACUGUUGUAGAGUGAGGAUGGCCAGGAGGUGCCAAGGACUUCUGUAGGAUGAGGCUCUAACUACAUCUUAGACUGAGAAUAGCACAAGUAUUAAUAAACAGUUUGAAACCUC